CGAAACAAAUAACAACAACAACAACGACACACCACACACGGAUUCCGAAAAAAUACCUUCGACGAACAACAUUAAUUGAAUGGCCGAUGGAGCUGAGAACACGAAAAACGACGGGACACGCGGGCAAGCCAAACUAGACGAUCAGACGACGGCGGCGGCGAAGAACAAGAAGCAGUCGGUGCUGGAAACGCACGGGUACACCAUAGGCAGGAGCUUGGGCAGCGGAGCGUACGCCACCGUUAAGAUCGCGGUUUCCGAACGGCACAAGGCUGACGUGGCGAUCAAGAUCGUGUCGAAAAUCAAGGAGGCGGACGACUAUUUGAAAAAAUUUUUACCGCGGGAAAUCGAAGUGGUCAAAGGUCUGGAACACGAUAAUCUGAUCAGAUACUAUCAGGCGAUCGAGACGACGCACCGCGUUUACAUCAUUAUGGAGUAUGCGGAAAACGGGAGCCUGUUGGACGUCAUCAAAAAGGAAGGUCAAAUAGACGAAAUAAGAACAAACAAAUGGUUCAGGGAGAUAGUCGCCGCUGUGCAGUAUUGCCACGAGAACGGAGUAGUGCACAGGGACAUCAAAUGCGAGAAUCUGUUGCUGAACAAGGACUACAACAUCAAGUUGUCGGACUUCGGAUUCGCCCGGAACAACAUGAUAAGGAAAAACGGCCAGGUGAAAAUGAGCCAGACGUUCUGUGGCAGUUACGCAUACGCAUCGCCGGAAAUAUUAAACGGCAAGCCAUACCAACCCACCAUGUCCGACGUCUGGUCCAUCGGCGUGGUGCUCUUCGCCAUGGUGUUCGGUACACUGCCGUUCGAUGACACGACUUUUCCGAAGUUACUCAAACAAGUACAAAAACCAGUAGUUUUCCCACAAGACAUACCGGUUGCCGAUAGCUGUAAAGAUUUAAUUACAAAGUUAUUAGCACCGUUGAAAGAGCGUUUAAAGAUAACCGAUAUCAAAAAUGAGCCAUGGUAUCAACUGCCGGUGUCGACCGAAACUAAAGUUACUGGGAAAAAAGCACGUUGA